UUAAAGGAAAUCAAGAAUAUCUUAUUAACAUCAUCAUCAUAGGCUUUAUGAGCUAAAAGAAUGUUCCCUAUAUCCCUAGUGAUCUUCACAGGUUCAUUAAUCUUGAGACAUAAUCAUGAUAAGUAAGACCCACUUUCUAAUUACAUAAAUGAUUUUCUCUUAACAUCUCUCCUUCAAAUCAGAGCUCUGUGUCACUGCUCAAAGAAUGCACAACUCUAAGGCAGCAGCCAAGAAGCAGAAGCUUCAACUAAGGGGGUGCAGUGCCUUGUGCUGCAGUUGUAGGCUGAGUGUUUCGUCGUCUUCAGAAGAAGCAGAAAGUUCCAAUUCUGAUAGAUAUCCAACCAUUUCAAGCCUAACACAUGCCAUGGUGCAAGAAAGGUUAGAUAAGAUGAUUAGAGAAAGAGAAGAGGCUAAAAAUGAGGAGAGGAGGAAGGCGCGAGAUGAAAAGACCAAGUUUAUAGUGAUGAUAGCAAUGGAGAAGUCUUCUUACGAUCCAAGAGAAGAUUUUCGAGAGUCCAUUGAGCAGAUGAUAAUAGCAAAUAGGAUUCAUGAUACGAAGGAUUUAAGGCGACUUUUGAAUUAUUAUGUUUCUAUGAAUGCAGAGGAAUAUCGUGGUAUUAUAUUCGAGGUGUUCCAUGAAGUUUGCACCAAUUUCUUUUUAUCAUGUAAACACCAUUCAUAUCGUCAAGUAUAAAACUUCGGUUUUGUUUCAAUUCCAAGUUUUUUCAAUAAGAUCACACACCCCCCCCCCCCCGUCACCACC